AUGGCGACAUUAGCGGAGAAGCUUGAGAAGAUCAAGUCUCCCAAGCUGCAGAAUCAGCACCACACCGCUAACCCAAAAAAAAAAAUUGAAAACCCGCAGACUGCUGUGGUACUUUCUGCAGUGGAGGAUACUCUUCGCGAUCAAAAGGCCGACUUUUCUGCGACAGCGUAUUUCGCCGCACUUCUCGCACUUCUCUCUCAAUCUCUUUCUGCCGAACAAGGCAUCGUGAACAAGGAUCUAGCAACAUCUGUCGUGUACCUGCUCGACAUCACCACGAGUUAUGUACCGGCUCCGAUCCUUCGCUCCAAGUUCUCCCAGAUUCUCACUAGCCUCGCGCCCGCCCUCUCGCUUCCCGAAGUCGAAGCUCCUCUCCUCCGCCCGUCAAUUGGCUGCCUUGAGUCGCUCCUUAUUGCUCAGGAUGCCGCAGCGUGGAACUUGCCUCACACUCAAAUCGGACCUCGCCGUGCGACGGCGGGCCUGCUGAGUCUUUCAGUGGACCACCGCCCCAAGGUCCGGAAGCGUGCCCAGGAGGCGCUGAUCCAAGUCCUCAAGACUCCUCCUCCAAGCCCCUCCCUCGAUCACCCUGCCGCGGACAUGUGCGCAGAGUCGGCUAUGAAGACCCUGAGCGACAGCAUUCAGGCCGCUUCUAAGCAAAAGAAGGGAAAGCACGACGCGAACCGCGAGAAUCAUGAACCCCUGAUUAUUCACUCCCUCCAGCUUGUGAAGACCAUUGCUACCGCGUCUGGAGGCUGGCCGAGCAAGAAGAUCGAGGCCCUUUGUGAGCUUCUCAUGAACGCCUCCCGAUCGACCAAUGAAUAUAUUACUAUGGGCGCAUUCGAGGUCUUCGAAGUCAUCUUUGAAGGCAUGGCCGAUGAGUUUUCGUCCUCCAAACUUCCUCGCCUUCUGGACGCCAUCUCCGAGCUCAAGCCCGCCCAGAACGAUUCCCAGCUUCUACCUCCGUGGAUUGCCGUCCUUUCCCGGGGUUACGAUGUCUCUGCGCAGAUCAACCCGGAGGACACGUUUGACAAGCUGCCAAGUCUCUUCCAAUUGAUUUCCGGGUUCUUGGCCUCUCCAUCUCACAACAUUCGCGUCUCAUCCUCUGAGUGUCUGAUCUCAUUCCUGCACAACUGCAUUCCUGAAAGCGUCAUCUUGGAUGCCUCUGUGUACGAUGAGAAGACCCUCGAAAAACUGGCUAGUAUGGCUGGUGAUCUUCUUUCAGUGAAGUACCAAGCUGCUUGGCAGGAAGUCUUCAAUGUUUGCUCUGCCAUGUUCGAUUGCUUCAAAUGGCGUUCAAACCCAUUCUUGGUGGACGUGGUUACUACGAUCGGCGAGUUGCGCAGCAAUGAGGCCUUCCACGGAAAGAAGGAGGCGGACAGUGUCCUUGGUGCUGCCAUUGAGGCCAUGGGUCCCCAGGCUGUUCUUGAGUUGUUGCCCUUGAACAUCAUCCAGCAGAAGAAUGGCCAACCUGGUCGUGUCUGGAUGCUGCCAAUCCUCCGUGAUCAUGUCACAAAUACCAACCUUGGUCACUUCCGCUCCGAGAUGGUUCCUCUGAGCGAGGCCCUCUACCAGAAGAUGAUGGACUAUAAGUCUUCCGAGAAGCCCGUGGAGACCAAGAUCUUCGAGACUCUGGUUCAGCAGACUUGGGGCAUUCUCCCCGGCUACUGUGAGCUGCCACUUGAUCUGACCGAGGCCUUUGAUCAAUCAUUCGCGGAACUUCUGUCCAACGUCUUGUACAAGCAGACAGAGCUUCGUGUUGAUAUUUGCCGGGCUCUUCAGAACUUGGUGGAGUCAAACCAAGCCAUUUUGUCUGUCGAAAAGGACGAGGAUGACCUGAUCUUGCAGCGGCGCAUCACCAAGGCGGCUGCCACUAAGAACCUCUCCUAUCUGGCCGGUUUUGCCAGCAACCUGCUCGCUGUCCUUUUCAACGUUUACAGCCAGACUCUGCCCCACCAUCGUGGCUAUAUCCUGCAGUGUAUCAAUGCCUACCUGAGCAUCACCCCCGAAAAUGAGCUGAAUGAAACAUUCACUCGUGUUACCACGAUGCUUGAAUCAUCGCUGGUAGAGGAGCAGAAUGCCCCCGCCAAGCAAGCCUCAUCUGACAAGAUGCCCCCAACUUCUCACACCUUAAUCGAUUUGGUCAUUGCCAUGUCAAUUUAUUUGCCCCGGUCCAGCUUCAGCGGGCUAUUUGCCAUGGCUGCUGCCAUUCUCGAUGGUCCCUCUGCCACCCCAGACCAGCAACUCAUCAAGAAAGCUUACAAGCUCAUCCCUCGUCUUGCUUCUAUGGAAACUGGCCGCGCUGCUUUGCAAGAACGCAGUGGUGAGUUGCAGAACCUGAUGCUUGCUACUUCCGACAAGACACCCGCAUCUGGCCGACGAGACCGCAUGCUUGCUAUCGAUGAGCUGAUCACAAAUCUGCCCACAUCGGAUCUUCACUUCAUCCCGUCAAUCUUGUCCGAGGUUGUUCUUGGCUGUAAGGAAAGCAACGAGAAGGCCCGUACCGCUGCCUUUGACCUGCUGAUUCACCUGGCCCGCCGCACGAUCGACCCGGAACUCAAUCCUGCUGGCACGGUGAUCCACAACUCCAAGGUGCCUCACAUGCCCGAUGACUCGCCCGAUGCACCCGCUACAAUCGAAGAGUUCUUCACCAUGGUGUCCGCUGGUCUGGCUGGUUCUUCGCCUCACAUGGUGGCUGCGUCCGUCACCGCUCUGUCGCGUCUCUUCUUCGAGUUCUACAAGGAUCUCCGACCCGAGGUUGUCUCCGAUCUGGUCCAGACGGUCGAGCUUUUCCUCACCAGUAACAAUCGCGAGAUUGUCCGAUCUGUGCUUGGUUUCGUCAAGGUUGCUGUUGUCAUCCUGCCGGAUGAGAUUCUGCGUCCCCGUCUUCAAGCUCUGGUGCCCAACCUCAUGGCCUGGAACAAGGAGCACAAGGGACGUCUGCGUAGUAAGGUAAAGGGCAUCAUCGACCGUCUUGUGCGUCGUUUCGGUGCACCCUUGAUGGAGAACCUCGUUGGCGAAGAGGACCGCAAGCUCGUGGUCAACAUCAGGAAACAGCGUGAGCGCAGCAAGCGCAAGAAGAAGGAGGGCGCAGCCGGUGAGGAUGACGAGGAGGAGGAUGAAGAGAAUGACAAGGACCGCGGUCAGCAGUCCAGCAAUGCCUUUGACAAAGCAGUCUAUGGAUCCGACUCAUCAGAUUCUGAGGAUGAUGACGAUGAUGCCAGCGUUAUCGACAUCGACACUGAGGGUCAGGCCCGUGUCAAGGGUCGUGGUGCUGGAAACAAGAAGAAGUCUGCACAGGGCAGCCAGUACAUCCGCGAGAUGUCUCCUGAGGACAAUCCUCUCGAUCUGCUCGCCCCUGACGCUCUCGCAAACAUUUCUACCACCAAGCCCAGCCUGCGCUUCUUGAACACCGGGCCCGGCUCCAAGAGGAAGCACGCUGCCAAGUUCGAUGCCGAUGGUCGUCUGAUCCUCGGCGACGAAAAGGCUGUCGAUGCUGAAAUGGGCGAAACUGCCCAGAGCGGUAGCGGCAUCAACGCCUACCUCGCCGCUGUCAGUGGACCUGAUGCUGUCCGUCGCGGCCAAAAGGGCAAGGUCAAGAUGGGCCAGGCCAAGAACCGUGGCGGUGACGAUGCCAUGGACCUGGAUGACGAGGACGAUGCUGCCAUCGGUCAGAACCUGCGAGCCAGAGGUCAAGGUCAGGCUCGUCGGGGUCUUGGUGCCCCCAAGACUCCUGGUUCGUCUAAUGGCGGCCGUAUCGAGAAGCGCCGCAACCCUGGUGGUAUGACCGGCAGAGGAGGUCCUCGCCCCGGUCGUGGCGGUGGUCCUGGUCGUGGUGGUUUCUCGAGUCGAGGCGGUGGUCCCGGUCGUGGUGGUUUCUCGAGCCGAGGUGGUGGCCCUGGUCGUGGUGGUUUCUCGAGCCGAGGUGGUGGCCCUGGUCGUGGGGGCUUUUCCAGCCGUGGAGGAGGAGGAGGAGGUGGUGGUGGUGGUGGUGGUCGCGGCGGUGGCCGUGGUCGUCGCUAG